AUGUGUAGCUUGAGUUUCUGCAGGAUGGAGGUUCAUCACGGGAUCAGGAAUGCGAGACUUCAAGGGGACUACAGUGAUUAUGCACUGACCGAACCUUGUCCUUUGAGGUCUACUGAUGAUCCUUCGGGGUCUAAAGACGUUCCAGGGAGAGCUUUGGUCACAUGGACCAACAACAGGAAAAGCAGGCAAAACGGAGCUAUGCAACAAAGCUCGAUCGAUCCCACACAGAUUUCGAUCGACUCGUACUGGACGAAUCGAUCGACUUGUACACGACGACAAGCUCGAUCGAACCCAUACAGCAGUUCGAUCGAUCAUCAUCAAGACGAGCUCGAUCGAUCCCAUGCAGAGCAGCAGCUCGAUCGAUCUCCCUGUUUCAGCCGUUCGAUCAAUCCCGGUCAGAUGAUAUCACAGCCGUUCGAUCUACUUGGUGCAAACCGACUUGAUCGAACCACAGCGAACCGGAUUGAACCGAAGUCGACCCCGGAGCUAUUUAGACCUAUCUUUAGCCAUUGUUUAGGCUACGCCGUUUUUCAGAGUUUACACUGUUUUCAUUGUUUCCGAGGGAGAAGAGAUCAAACCUCUGUUUUCACAGUUUGGAGAAGAUUUCUGAACCCUUGUUUUUCUAUUUUCAUAUUUGAUUCAAUGACAUUCAGUUUCAGUCAUUGUUUGCUGUUUCGUUAUGUCUGA